GCACCUUAUCUAAAAAUGUAUAGUGCUUAUUUAAAGGGUUUUCCGCAAGCGAUAGCAACUAUGGAGCGUCUCAAUAAAGAUAGCAAAGAUUUUAAAAAAUUUAUUCAGGCAAAACCAGAACUGGGAAACUUACCUUUCAAUUCUUUUUUGAGCUUGCCAAUUCAACGAAUACCUCGUUACAAGCUAUUACUAGAAGCUCUAUUAAAACACACCGAGAAAACACACCCUGACUAUAUAAACCUUGAACAAUGCGUACACCAAAUUAGUUUGAUUGCCGAGGAAGUUAAUGAAAAAAUACGAGAUGCUGAGAAUCAACAAAAAGUAUUAGAAAUCCAAAACAAAGUAGAAAGACUACCGGGCAAUAUAAUAAAUCCUGCUCGAAGAUUCAUAUACCAAGGAGAUUUAUAUAAAGUUACUCAACGAAUGUCAUCAAUUAAACCCUACUACUUAGCAACAGAGGAUAGACGUGCACAUUUUCUAUUUAAUGAUCUACUUCUCCUUUGUAUAGAAUUCCAAGGAAA